AUGGCGCCGUCAGCAUCGAAGCUGUAUUUUGCAGUUCAAGAUGUUGUCAUACAGAUGUUGAUAUAUAAACUGAAAAAGAGGAUGGCUCGAAAGAAAAAGCGUUGGUGGGUUAGAGGAUGGGUAGCAAGGAGACAUCUGGGUGCAGUACAGUUAAUUUCCGAAUUAGCAGAUGAAGAUCCUGAGAGCUAUACAAACUAUUUUCGAACGAGUGAAGAUUGCUUCAACUUUUUAUUGGAUAAAGUAUCUGACAAAAUCACUAAGCAGGAUACGACAUGUCGAGCAGCAUUGACACCAAAAAUAAAACUUCAAAUUACGCUGCGAUUUCUAGCAACUGGGAAUAGUUUGAAGUCAUUGUCAUACGAAUUUAGAGUGGCACCAUGUAGUAUAUCAAAAUUUCUACCUGAUGUGCUAAUCGCAAUCUAUGAAGCAUUAAAAGACUACAUUCAGGUACCAAACACAGAAGAAUGUUGGAGGGAGAUAAUGGAUGGCUUCAAUGAUAAAUGUAAUUUUCCAAUGUGUGGUGGUGCAAUCGAUGGCAAACAUGUUCAAAUCCGAUGUCCAGCACAUUCUGGAAGUGACUAUUAUAAUUAUAAGGGCACAUUCAGUAUUGUCCUCCUAGCAGUUUGCGACAGUGAAUUAAAAUUCAGGUAUAUCAAUGUGGGCCACUAUGGUCGAGCUUCUGAUGGAGGAGUAUUUGCCAGAUCAAAUUUUAAAAAAAAGUUGGAGGAAAUGUCUUUGAACGCCCCUGAAGGAAUGGUUUUAUUGGGGGACCAGGCGUUUCCUCUCACUGACUAUCUUAUGACACCAUAUAGUCGUCGACUAAAUUUAUCGAAAAAACAAAAAAUUUUCAACUACCGACUAUGCAGAGCUCGCCGGACUGUAGAGAAUGCCUUCGGAGUGUUGGUUAGCAAAUUUCGUAUACUUGAAAAGCCUAUUGCUCUACUCCCAGAAACUGUGGACAAAAUUAUAAAGACAUGUUGUGUCUUGCAUAACUGGCUGAAGACCCGAUCAUCAACCUACAUUGAGCCAGGACUGAUUGAUGAAGAAAACUCAGAAACAGGAGACUUAGUGGAAGGAUCAUGGCGUACUAUAGCACAGAACUCAUUUAGGCCACUGGGUAAUUUCAGUGGAAACCAUUCGAGAAAUGCUCACCGGAUACGCGAGCAUUAUACUGACUACUUUGUUGGGCAAGGGCGUUUAGAAUGGCAAGAUAGGAUGAUUUAUUAAAUGCAAAAUCAUAUUGGAAGCUGAUAAUAAAAAACUUACCAAAUUUUCUGUGUUUUCUCUGGCAUAACCAUCAGUAUUUUUUAAAAAAUCCAUAUGAGGGAUCCAUGGUAUUUUAGAGAUAUACUGUUCAUCGGUUGCCAUACCAGUAGUAUUAGAUUUUUUUGUCUUCAUUACUUCAUUGUUGUAAGUAUUACGAAGUGUUCGUAUUUUGCAAAUUACAUCUUUUACACUUUCCAUCUGCAUAACCUCCAUAAUUGCUUUGUACCCCGCGUCUCGGGCAUCUCUAUUUUUGUAGUCAGG